UCUCAGUCACAAUAAACAGCGUCUCUAACUGUAUCAAGGGGAAUAAAGCGAAGAAGCAAAUCUUGUGUAAAGCAUUCUCUGCUCUUUCGUACCCCAAAGCAACGGUACAGAGCCACUUUUCACUCAAUUACAUUACAAAUUUGCUUAUAAUGGCUUCCUUACAAUAUAAGCACUACUACGAUAAAGAGUACGAUCCUUGCCUUCUAUUUGCAACCUAUAUUAGGGCUGAUAAGGAUCCUUCCAAGGAGCAGUUGAUAGAAUAUCCUAUUAAAGUUCUCCGUCAUAUAUUCUCUUCAGGUUUAGUGAAAGGAGACACUCUGAUUGAUCUCACUGCUAGUUCAGCAUGUCAACUUAUUCUGGCGGCUGCUGAAUAUUUUGACAACAUCAUUUUGUUAAAACUUUGUGAAUCUGAUGAACGAGAAGCACAAAAAUGGUUACACAAAGAACCAGGAGCCAUAGACCACUCCCACCUUACUACUUUUAUCUGUGGUCUUAAAGGGAAAAGCACAGAAUGGGAGGAACAUGAAGAAAAGACCAGGAAAGCCAUCAAACAGAUUGUAAGAUGGGAUAUUACCAAAGAUAACCCACUGGGGGAUGUUGUGUUGGCCCAAGCAGACUGUGUGCUCAGUGUGGGGUAUUUGGACUUUGUUAGUAAAGAUCAUGAGAUGUAUCUGAAACUCCUAAAAAAAAUGUGCUCCCUUGUGAAAAUAGGAGGUCACCUGAUCCUUAUUGCAGUCCUCAAUAUAACUUACUACAUGAUUGGCCAACACAAGUUUUCUGCCCUGACAUACGAUAAAGAGUUUGUACAAAAAUCUCUGGCAAGCAAUGGGUUUAUUAUAGUGAGAUCUGGGAAAGAAAUAAAUAGGCAUAAUUCUGAUCUAAUAGAUUAUAAAUAUUUGGCAUAUUUUGUAUCCCGGAAGGAAAGAGAGGUCUAAAUGCCUGAAUCCCCCUAGAGGAAGCUGUGUUAAGUUUAAUGAUCACGUUAUCGUUAGUUAUUUAGGAUUGGUGAUUAUAGAUAUAAAAGUACAGGUAUUAGAAUUAAUUAGUGAUCACUUGUGGAACGGGGUGGAUCUAGUAGUUAGUUCUAUGUUCUACUAAUAGUAGCUUAGCCACUUUCAAAAAAUGUCUGUUUGAUUUGUUGUGUGUAAAAUUAAAAAUGUCUGGCUUUGAAUAAAACACUGGCACAUACCUCUUUGGCAUUAAA